AUCCAACCCAGAACAAACACAAUGGCCUUCUCUUAUCAACCAACAAAGCCCCUAACAAUGUUCAAAAUCCUGCAAGAAGCUUUCAAACUCCCCACAAGGAAUUCCAACCUUUUCCUACCCCUCCUUCUCCUCUCCUUCGUCGUCUCCUCCCUCCUCUUCACCUUCAACCACCUCUCUGUGGACCCCAUCAUCGCCGAUCUCACCUCAAAAUCCAUCUCCAUCACCUCCCUUGAUCCAAAAAGUCCCUUAUAUCCCUCAAUCCAAUCUUCAAUCCUCAAAGACAUAAAAGAACUCGUCGGCAUAGAAGCCAUCAUCAUUAUAGUCUCCUUCAUCGUCUCCUCCCUCAUUUCUAUCUCUAUAAUACAAGCACUCUUCUUGACUUUAUCGAAUAAUUCAUCAAAUAUACAUGACUUGUUUCAUAGGCUUCAUGGGAGAAUAAAGGGUCCCAUAAUCACAAAACUCUAUAUCAAGCUCUUGAGCCUAGGAUGUUUGUUUUUGCUAAUGAUUGUACUUGGUGUUCUUAUAUUCAUUGGUCAUAGAUCUAUGAUUGUUAUUGCGUUGUGUAUGAUUCUAGUCAUCUUAGGCUUGAGGUUGUACUUGUACUUAAUCUUGGUUUGGUCAGUGAGCGUAGUGAUGUCAGUAGUUGAAGAUAAUUGCUAUGGACUAGAAGCUAUAUCAAAGGCUGGGGAGAUCAUAAAAGGGAGGAGAUGGCAAGGGGUUAAGCUUGUUAUGAUUGAAGUAUUUAUUCUAAGUUUGAUAUAUGCAGGUUAUAAUGCUUUGAAAACAUCUGUUUCAAAUUCUAUGGUAUCUCAAUUGAGUAUAGGGUUCGUUCUGGUAUCUGUUUCUGUGUUAACUAGCGUGUUCGAGUGGGCAAUAAGCUUGGUGUUCUACUACAAUUGUAAGAGGAGCAAGGAGGAAGAUGGUGGAUUUAUGUAUGCUACAGUGCCUCAGGAAACUAAUGAUUAUGAGGGAGCAAUUCCAUGAAUGUGGAUUUAGUUGUGUAUGGAGUUUGCAAACCCUAUAUGCCUGUUGUGUUAAUGUAAGAAAGUACCUAAUAGCAUAUAUUGUCCAAGAUAUGUAAGAAUGGAUUGAGUCUGAGGUUUCAUUUCAGCCUACAAGCUUUUGUUGGUAAAUAAAGAAAAUGAAAGUUCAUCAUGGUAAAAAAAUAAAGUUUCAGCAUUGACUUAA